AUGCCAAUCGAUCAAGAAAAACUAGCCAAAUUACAAAAGUUGUCCAUAAAGAACAAAGUUGGUGGUACUAGAAGAAAACAAACCAAGAAAUCCGGUUCCUCUGCCAAUGCUAACAAGGAUGACACCAAAUUACAAGCUCAAUUAGCUAAAUUACAUGCUGUCACCAUUGACAAUGUUGCUGAAGCCAACUUCUUUAAGGCUGAUGGUAACGUUAUGCAUUUCAACAAGGUUGGUAUCCAAGUUGCCCCACAACACAACACUUCCGUCUUCUACGGGUUACCACAGGAAAAGGGAUUACAAGAAUUAUUCCCUGGUAUUAUCUCCCAAAUGGGACCAGAAUCCAUUCAAGCUUUAACUCAAUUGGCUUCUCAAUUACAAAAGCAAAAGGAAAAGGGUGCUGCCACUGAAGAAGAAGAAAAGAAGGAUGAUGCAAUUCCAGAUUUGGUGGAAGGUCAAACUUUUGAUGAAGAAGUUGAAUAA